CUUCUUUGGCAAUGGGGUUUAACAGAGGCGCAGUCUGUGUAGGAACAGAGAAAAGAGUUUUGAGACAAAGAUAAAGACAGGAGUGGUGAGGAGGUUGGAAGUGUUGGGAAUUGGUACACGAUGUGCGCGCAUCACACCUGUGUGGAGCCUCUGGAGUGGACACAAGUGGUGUCCUCUCAUAUUCACAGCUGCAACCAGUUGCUUUGAGCAUCAGGUGAGCCUUUCAGACAAUAUUACUGCUUCUUCUUCUUUUUUUUCCUGGACUACACUUUUUUUUAGCCUAGGAGCAGAGAGACGCACCUAGACCUUAUGAGCAGAUCAUCCGCGCCCUGACGCGCUCCUCUGAGCUCCUCUGAGCGCAUGUUGGACCGGUGAGCCUGUUGGACUAGUAUGAAGCUCCAUCAUGGGUUGGUGUGACCGUGGGGUUCAGACGCUGCUGGCCACUGUGGGGGCUUUUGCAGCCUUCAGCCUCAUGACCAUCGCCAUCGGCACGGACUACUGGCUCUAUUCUCGGGCGUACAUCUGCAACAUCACCAAUGCAUCGACGGACGACACCCAGCCUAGAACCAAGAAGGGAGAUCUCACUCACUCCGGUCUAUGGAGAAUCUGCUGUAUUGAAGGCAUCAAUCAAGGCAGCUGUUUCCGAAUCAACCAUUUCCCCGACGACAACGACUACGACACAGACAGCUCUGAAUACCUGCUGCGCAUAGUUCGUGCCUCCAGCGUGUUCCCCAUCCUCAGCACCAUCCUGUUGAUGCUCGGCGGGCUGUGCGUCGGGGUGGGCCGAGUCUACAACAAGACAAACAACGUCCUCCUCAGUGCGGGCAUUCUCUUUGUAGCCGCAGGUCUGAGCAACAUAAUUGGCAUCAUCGUCUACAUCUCCAGCAACGCAGGAGACCCCAGUGACAAACGCGACGAUGACAGGAAGUACACUUACUCCUACGGCUGGUCGUUCUACUUCGGCGCCCUCUCCUUCAUCGUGGCUGAAACUGUGGCCGUCCUCGCCAUCAACAUCUACAUUGAAAGAAACAAGGAAGUCCGCUGGAAGGCGCGGCGCGAGUUCAUUCGCUCGCUUUCCUCGUCUUCGCCGUACUCGAGGAUACCUAGCUUUCGCUACCGCCGGCGGACGUCACGCGCCAGCUCUCACUCGACGGAGGGGUCGCGGGAGAACUCGCCCGUGGCCGGCCUGAAGGGGGUGCCAUCUUCCAGCGGGCCCCUGGACGAGCUGUCCAUGUACGCCCUGGCGAGGGACAGUGUGACGGACAACACGUACAGCCCCGAGCACGAGGGGGCUGCCGAGUUCCUCCAGGUCCAUAACUGUUUCCCCAACGAUUUAAAGGACGGGGUGAAUCGCAGGACCACGCCGGUGUGAGAGGCGUGUCGCUGGGCUCGAGGUUCACCUAUGGAGUGGAUGAACAGGAAAUGACGGGCUAAUCUGUUGGAGCCCGACUGCUUGUGAUCGCCUGAGGCGCAGUUUUCAGAGAGACAGUCCUUUUUCGAAAGGACCUGAGGAGAAGGAGAGGACAGGCAGCUGGACGGAAGAUGAGCCAACGAACAGAACCUGAGAACCAUUUAUCUGCUUUUAGAGAUCAUCAAAGCAGAGUAGAGUUACAUAGUCUGUCCUGUAGCUGAUUCGAAAUCGGUGUUAUCUUUCAACUGUCGAAAUGCUUCAACGAGCUGGAUCACAACCCUUGUUUGUGUAAUGGUUACUAAACAUCAUGGGUGUGUGACGCGUCGAAAUGAGCAGUAUUCUACCUGUAAAUUAUUCAACAAGGUGCUAUAAAUGAAAUGUACUUCUUUAACUUGAAAGUGUUCCAUUUGUGUGUGCAGUUGCUAUAAAGUGUGGACCCUUCGCCAACAUUUAUACCGUGUCCUCAUAACCAGUUUGGUCUUGCCUUAUACUCUAAUCAUCACGGAAAGGCGUAUAAAUAGCACAACAUUACAAGGACAUUCCGUGUGUCAUGAGGACCCAAUUUAGCCUUUUUGUGUGUUAUUUGUAUGUUGCUUUUCACGUAUCAUUUGUACGCCAUGCAACAAAACUACGGUAACGUCCGCAGUUAGGUUUAGGCAACAAAACCACUUAGUAAUGAUCAGGACAAACAUCAUGGUUGAGCUUAAAAUAAAUAGGUAAACUAAGCAAAAUACUUAUAUAAACAACGGAACAUAUGUACGGAAACACGUCGCAAAAGUCACUAAAAACAUGCCAGAAACAUCACUAAAAACACGUCACAAACGUCAUUAAAAACAUGCCAGAUACGUCACUAAAAACACGUCAUAAAAGUCACUAAAAACACGUCACAAAAGUCACUAAAAACAUGCCAGAUACGUCACUAAAAACACGUCACAAAAGUCACUAAAAACACGUCACAAACGUCACUAAAAACAUGCCAGAUACGUCACUAAAAACAUGUCACAAAAGUCACUAAAAACAUGCCAGAUACGUCAUUAAAAACACGUCACAAAAGUCACUAAAAACAUGCCAGAUACGUCAUUAAAAACACGUCACAAAAGUCACUAAAAACACGUCACAAACGUCACUAAAAACAUGCCAGAUACGUCAUUAAAAACACGUCACAAAAGUCACUAAAAACACGUCACAAACGUCACUAAAAACAUGCCAGAUACGUCACUAAAAACAUGUCACAAAAGUCACUAAAAACACGUCACAAACGUCACUAAAAACAUGCCAGAUACGUCAAUAAAAACACGUCACAAACGUCACUUAAAACAUCCCAGAUACGUCACUGAAAAACUAAACAGCGGUCUCCUGGUUAAACGUUAAACGUUGCGUGUUUGUUGGCCCCCUCCCCGCCAUACGCAGUCUUUCUCGCUGUUCAUUCUACGCCACUAUCUCUGAGCGUUUACAUUUACACAGAUGCGUUUAUAUCAGACUCAGAACAGACAUCAUGGAGUAGGCCUACACAUGAAACGCCAAAAGCAAGAAAUUCGUAUUGCACGCUAAACGCCUUGUGCAUUAUCGUGGCAUUCAUACGCCUUUUCGUGCGAACGGGCUGAAUCAUAGGUUUGAAGGAGACAACAGGGACUUUCUCUCUCUCUCUUGGCACUGUCCUUAAGAAUAACAUAUGGCCUUUUAAACAAACUCAUAUUAUAACGUGUAAGGUUUGGGAGUUGUAUUGAAUGUUUAGUAUUUUAGCAGAUUGUACAAGUGGACCAUUCAAUCCUCCAAGCAGUAGGAAAUGUUUUGUCUCCCUCGCCGUCUUCUUCCUGAAUCCUAUUCUUCUCUGACAUUUCAGUCGGAACAAAAUGUCCGUUUUUGUCAAAGAGCUCCUCUUUGAAAUUGAACCACUUUUUAUUCACUUCCAUAUCAGUCCGCUUGCCGUCCAUCACACCCUCCUCCCCGAUGGAUGUGACAUUGUGGAUGUGCCUGUCACAAGAGAAGACCAAAAGGGGGAUGCCCGGAACUGUGGAAGCGGCACAGGUCAGGACUUCCUCCUCGCUCUGAAUGAAAACAUCCAGAGUGUUUAAUGGAUAAGGAUCAGAGAGCCAGGCGGAGGAUGCUCGUCUGUCUGUCACACCGCCUGUGAGUCCAUCUGGCUGCCCCCCCACCCUCUCAUGUCGAACAGAGGACCCUGACAGAAGCAGAGGGAGCUGUCUGCGACGGCGUCCCUGAAGGAUUUGGCUCUAACAGCCAGACAUGUGUGUGUUUUUCCCGUCGUCCUGCACGUCCAUCACUGCCCUUUUUUUUUUUUUGUUAGUUCUCUCAGGAAAUACUGUGUUGUUGUGGCAGGUCGGACAUUUUUGAGGUCCUCUCCCUACUUCGUGGCAGUACUGGGAGACGGACCAGUGAUAAAGAUGAACCUGGUGAAAAAAAGAAAAUGCCAUAACUGUAUUUAGUAAAAUGCUGUGAGUGUGUUUGCUUGAGCUUGCUCCAAGAAACCAGCUGGGGUGGGUUUUUUCUUCAGUCUUUAGGGCUAUUCAGUUGGUUUGGCAGCGAGCUCACUCAACCACAGAGUCGUAUUUGAUUGUAUUUAGCGUGUUUGAUAUUCCACUAGAGGUAACACUUCAGGCUUAUAGCUCAUGUAAAAGAAAGCCAUCGGUAUGAUCCCUUCUGAGUGUAGAUCUUACACUUUUAUAUCACGGUUUUUGGGGGGAAAAAAUCCAAAUGUGUCUGUUUGUAAUGUAAAGCUGUAAAGUUGUAUAUAAAAGUACAAUAAAAAAAUACAAAAAAAUAACUUUUAAUGUGCAACAGAGGAUUCAAAGCAUUAUUUUACUGAACAAUGUCUCAAUAAUAAUAAUGCAUACAAUUGAAAACAUACUGUACAUAGACCAAUAAACUAAAUCAGGGUUA